UCUUACCACACAUUUCAUUAAUUAUACGCAUAUUAUACGCCUUUACACGUUAUUUUAUCUUGCACGGAAGUACGACCAAUUGGCACAGUUGGUUAUUAUUAUUUUUUAACUGUAACAAAAUCAACGAAGCUCAUUUGACAGACGAAGGAAAACACUUCCCAUCGGCGCAAAGUUCGAACAUGUACCUCCCUUCCGAUAUAAUUUAUGCCCUCAUCGAUAAAAUCAAGGCUAAUGAGGAACUGUGGAACGCCAAACACAAGAACUACAAGAGGAAGACGGUAAAGAGGAUGAAGAUAGUUGAUAUUAGCCGAGAACUACAGAAGGAUUAUCCGUGUCACGCGGAGAAGUUGACUCCUGAUCGCUGUUUCAUGAAGUUCCAGUAUCUACGGAGUCACUUCCAAAAGCAGCUGCGGAGAAUAAAGAAUACUUCGGAUAGGCCUGGUGGAAGGUGCACAAGUAAAUGGGAGUUCUUCAAGGCAUGCUCAUUUCUACUCCCUGUGUAUACAUGUGAUACAACCCCUAAUUCUGAAAUGCAGGAGAGCAGUGUGGUUUCUCCAAGACCUUUAAAAGAUUUAGUAUGGGCUGGUUCUAUCUGUGAUUUAAAUGAUGAUCCUGCAGUUACGGCACAAGAAGAGGAAAUUGAUCCUCUGCACCUUGCCACGACCUAUGUUGAAACACGACUUCCCGCACCAUCAGAUUCUACAUCCUCAGCUUCAGAUGAAUCUAGUAUGCCACCCCCAAGAAACAACUCACUUGUCAGUCCAACUCAAUCAAAGCCUAGUAAGGAGAGAAAACACAGGACUAGCAACAUUUCAGAUAUCGAGGAACAGUUGAGGAGAGAACUAGCUAAUGUGCAUAACGAGUGGAAAGAUCUGAAGGAAUCAAGUGCACCCACGGAUCCUAUAUUAGAAUCAGUGAAAGGCUUCGUGAGGAUUUUAAAUGAGAGCCAUCCACACCUUAAGACAAAGUUCUACCAAAAAGUUUUUGAAGCAAUGGCAGCGAUCUCUCAAGAAUUUUGCUAGCACAAAAAUGUGUUUCCCCCUACAUUGUGAAUCUGUUAAAUUUGCAUAAAUAUAAUUUUCUA